AUGUUCGUCGUAGCUAUAUUUCUCUCUCGCUUUGUACAUCUUAGCCUGCUUACUUCGACAAUCGAAGUUCGGCAGCUGCGACAGAUCAUCCUCCUAAGCGAUAUUUCAUCACUUUCGUCGUUAUCAUUCCCCUCCUGCUCAGUACUUGACUUUUGUUUGCUUGUGUUAUUGUCUGUUGGCUUGACAACAAGAACAGUCGAUGCUAGCAAGAAAACAAAGGAGGAGAAUGAAGAAGAAUCAAGCUCAACCGAUUCGGACUCGGAUUCAGAUGAUUCAGACGACGAUGAUGAUAACAAAAAAGCUGUCUUCAUCUCACGUGAUCGUGCUUCCAUCUUUUUAUCCUACAACGAAUGUAUGAGGAGGAUGAACUGUGGUCCAACCAGACGCGAAGAAUGCAGCGAAGAAUGCGCAGGCGGCAAUACGGAAGAAGAAACCGAAGAAUAUGCUGAAAUCUUCGAAAGUCUAGAAGAUUAUCGUGAUGAUGUCAAGAAAGGUCAUCGACCCAGACAAUCAACUACCACUAGUGAUUCUGAUUCCGAAAGCGAUUCCGAGAGUGAUACCGAUUCGGAUACCGAUUCGACUUCCGAUAGUGACGACGAAGAGGAAAGCGACAGCAAGGAAGAACAAGAAGAAGCCAAAGAAUCGAAAAAGAAAGGUAAACAUGUCCAAUCUAGCAAAAAUUCGAAUCAAAAAGGUGGUAAAUCAAAACGCCAAAAUUAA